AUGUCGACUCAAUCAUGGUCAGCAGAUCCUCAGUCAGUUAUGGAGCUGGUGGGAUUGCUCAAAAGCUCUAUUUCUCCAAACCAAAGCGAAAGAAUGACUUCAAUGGAGUCACUAAAAACUUUUGAAUUACAACCUGAAUUUCUAAACUACUUGUGUUAUAUUCUAAUUGAAGGAGAAACUGAUCAAAAUCUAACAUCCAACUUUUCGGCCAAUGAGUUAAGUACAUACCGUGCAAGUGCUGGUAUGCUUUUGAAAAAUACGUUGUUAAAUCAACAAUCUUUAUUGAAACACAAUAUUGAAUAUGUCAAGAACAAUAUUGUCCACGGCCUGUACAAUUCCACAAAUGCCCUUGUGGCAAAUGUUACAGGUAUUGUUAUAACAACGCUUUUCUCCGCCCAUUAUAGGCAACAUAGAAAUGAUCCAACCGGGUAUCAAAUGUUACUUCAAUUACUGGAAUUGGCCUCCAAUGGUAAUGUUGGCGCUAUCAAGGCACUCAGCAAAAUCGUGGAAGAUAACGGACAAUUUUUCCAAGUUGAUUGGACUGGGAUGAAUGGAGAACAAAUCAAGCCAAUUGAAACUUUAAUAGAAAGUUUCUUGAGAUUUAUCAAAGCCUCCAACGAAAAUUCUAUCAUUAGAAGCGAAUCUCUCAAGUGCAUGAAUUUCAUAAUAGCAUUACAAAAUCAAUUUUUCGUCGUAAAAUUGGAUGAAUUCCUUGCAAUUUUAUUUGGUUUGGCCGAAAAUGAUCAUCAUGACGAUGUACGAAUUCAAAUAUGUGUUUCUUUCACUCAAUUGCUUCAAGUAAGACCUGAUAAGCUGAUUGAUUAUUUAGAUGGUAUAGUAAACUUUUGUUUGCAUAUCAUUGGAACGGUAGAUGAUGAAAAAGUCGCAAUUGAAGCUUGUGAAUUUUUAUUUGAAUUCGUUAAUAAUACACUUGUUCCAAAGCAUAUUUUACAACCAUAUGUUCCUCAACUUGUGCCUGUUUUGUUGGCUAAGAUGGUGUACGAUAAUGACACUAUUAUGGUUCUAGAAUCUCAUAAUGAAGACGAUGCUUACCUAGAAGAUAAGGACGAAGAUAUCAAGCCAAUGGCGCCACGCAUUGUCAAAAGAAAGGAUGUUGCAAAUGCAGAUGCAUCCACUGGUGCCAAUAAUGAAGACGAUGAAGAUGAUGAAGAUGAAGAUGAUGGAGAAAUUGAUUCAGUAUGGACAUUAAGAAAAUGUUCAGCAGCUACAUUAGAUUCAUUGACUACUGCUUUACCUCGGGAUGUAAUAGAGAUUGCAUUUCCAUUUUUGAGGGAGCAUUUAACCUCAGAAAAAUGGUACGUAAGGGAAGCAACUAUCUUGGCUUUAGGUGCUAUGUCAGAGGGUGGUAUGAAAUAUUUUAACGAUCAGUUGCCAGCAUUAAUUCCUUUCCUCGUUGAACAAAUAAAGGAUCCUUGGGCACCUAUUAGAAAGAUAGUUUGUUGGACAUUAUCAAGAUUUUCACCUUGGGUGUUGAAAGAUCAUACCGAAUUUAUGAUUCCUGUCCUGGAACCAGUUGUGAACACAUUAGUCGAUAAGAAGAAGGACGUUCAGGAGGCAGCAAUAAGUAGUACUGCAGUUUUUAUUGAAAACUGUGAUCCUGAGUUAAUCGAAACACUUUUAUACAACGACCUAUUAGCAAGUUUCGACAAAUGUUUCCAAUUGUACAAGAAAAAAAAUUUAAUUAUUCUAUAUGACGCAGUUGGUAGGUUUGCAGAGAAAGUUUUGUUGGACGACAACGGUAUGCAAGUUAUAUUGCCUCAUUUAAUUAAUAAAUGGACGUCGUUACCUGAUAAUGAUAAAGAGUUAUGGCCCUUAUUGGAAUGUUUAUCAUGUGUGGCAUCUUCUUUAGGAGAAAAAUUUCUACCUAUGGCACCAGAUGUCUUUAGUAGAGCCUAUAGGAUAUUAUGUCACUGCGUUGAAUUGGAAAGAAAAGCACACCAAGACCCAACUAUUAUGGUCCCAGAAAAGGACUUUACUAUUACUUCAAUUGAUUUGAUUGAUGGUUUAGUUCAAGGUCUUGAAGCACAAUCACAGGCUCUCCUGUUCCCAAAUAACGAUAAUUCCAUUUUAAGGAUAAUGCUUGAGUGUUUACAGGACCCUGUACAUGAAGUGAGACAAAGUACCUUUGCAUUACUGGGUGAUAUUGUUACAUUUCACAGUCCACAGGUACUAAGUGGAUACUUGCAACAAUUCCUCAAAUUUAUCGGAACUGAAAUAAUACACAAUGAUGAUCCAGACGGCGUUUCAUCGAUGAUAAAUGCAAUUUGGUGCCUAGGUUUAAUCAGUGAAAGAAUUGAUCUAAGCGAAUAUGUCAUCGAUAUGUCACGAAUCCUACUGGACCUUUUCACUACGACAUUACAAGAUGUAGACAUUUCUGUCAUGGAAAAUAUUGCCAUUACAAUCGGCCGUAUGAGCAUAACACAUCCUGAGGUUUUCACAUCAGGGCAAUUUGCAGCAGAUAAUGUAUGGUCUAGGUGGUGUGAUUCUGUAGCCAAUGUAGAGUCUCUGGAAGAAAAGAGUAGUGCAUAUAUGGGAUUCCUCAAGAUACUGAAUUUAAUGGGAGAACAAGCUCAGAUCAGCAGUAAUACCAUGGUUAAGAUAAUUGACGGAUUAUCCAACAAUGUAGAAGCGCAAGCUUUUGCUGAAGAAGUUCUUGACUUUCUCAUGAAGCAUUCCGCACAAAUACAGUCUUUGAAUCUGUCACAAACACAAAUAGCAUUCUUACAGCAAUUUAGUAACUAA